GCUGCGCAUUGAGCUGGCGGAGCGUCGGAGGCUGGCUCGGGCGCUUUGGAGCCCGGAGCGCGCGAUUCCCUGGACUCGGAGGGGAAAGGCAGCGAGAAUCCCCAUGAGAAAAUCGCCGUGAAAGUGUGGUUUCAUUUUAGUUUUGUACCCAAAGCGAAGGGGCUGUCUGGCAGCCGCUGGAUCUUCGCUUUUUUUCCCGUAUGUGUGGAGGGGGCACUGCAGGAAAACUGAAAGAGGAAUGAUGCCCGCGUCCCAUGUGAGGUGAAGGGGAAACGGGAGCUUUGGGGAGGGUGAGAGAGCUGGAGAGGAAGGCGCCGGGAUGGUGUGAUUGCCGUGGCGAUGCCCCAGUGAGGCGUGCAGAGUUCGGGGACAACUUGGCAGUUCGGGUCCCCUGGAAUUGAGAGAGACUUUCCGGAGCGGGGAGCAGCGGUCGGGCUUCUUUUUUCGUCUAUGUCUUGUUGGGAGAUCUGGUGGAUUUUUCUCGCUCUCCUGGAGGAAGAAGAAGAAGCAGCAGCAGCUGGUGCCGGAGGUUGGGUCCUUGGUCUUUGCUGGAGGGCGAAGGAAGAGAAGGGAUCUCGCUUGAGCUGUGUGGAGGGAGAGCUCGGACAUGUGUCAGCACAUCUGGGGAAUACAGGCUGCGAGUCCGAAAGGGGGUUUUCUGGGUCCGUUCAAACUGCGAUAUUGAUCCUUGUUUUUCUUCGCCGAGGGAUGCACUUGGCAUGAGAAUCGGAGGAUGGAAAUUGUUUGGGAGGUGCUCUUUCUUCUGCAAGCCAAUUUCAUCAUCUGCAUUUCAGCUCAGCAAAAUUCACCAAAAAUCCAUGAAGGCUGGUGGGCUUAUAAAGAGGUGGUCCAGGGAAGUUUUGUUCCAGUUCCUUCAUUUUGGGGCUUGGUGAAUUCCGCCUGGAAUCUUUGUUCUGUUGGGAAAAGGCAGUCACCCGUCAACAUAGAAACCAGCCAUAUGAUCUUCGACCCCUUCCUCACCCCUCUUCGCAUAAACACAGGGGGCAGAAAGGUCAGUGGGACAAUGUAUAACACAGGGAGGCAUGUUUCUCUACGACUGGACAAAGAACAUUUGGUCAACAUCUCUGGAGGACCCAUGACAUACAGCCACCGAUUGGAAGAGAUCCGGUUACACUUUGGAAGCGAAGACAGUCAGGGAUCAGAACACCUCCUGAAUGGACAAGCUUUCUCUGGAGAGGUUCAACUAAUCCACUAUAACCAUGAGUUGUACACAAAUGUUACAGAAGCUGCAAAAAGUCCCAAUGGCUUGGUGGUAGUUUCUAUAUUUAUGAAAGUGUCUGAAUCAUCAAAUCCAUUUCUAAACCGUAUGCUUAACAGAGACACCAUCACCAGAAUAACGUAUAAAAAUGAUGCAUACUUACUGCAGGGACUUAAUAUCGAACAACUUUACCCCGAAACCUCUAGUUUCAUUACAUAUGAUGGGUCGAUGACAAUUCCACCCUGCUACGAAACAGCAAGUUGGAUACUAAUGAACAAGCCUGUCUACAUUACAAGGAUGCAGAUGCAUUCAUUACGACUGCUAAGCCAGAAUCAGCCUUCACAGAUUUUUCUGAGUAUGAGCGACAACUUCAGACCAGUCCAGCCUCUCAACAAUCGAUGUAUCCGAACGAACAUCAACUUUAGUUUACAGGGGAAAGAUUGCCCAAACAAUAGAGCACAGAAACUACAGUAUAGAGUAAACGAAUGGCUCCUCAAGUGAUCCAGACAGAAGCAGGAAGAACUCCUAACCUCAGUUGAAUGCUACUACUGUGAAUUGACAUAAUACAGAAUGCCCCAGCCUCAUUCAGUCUUUGUACUUCAUAGAUGGCGUGCACACACACACGUGCUGCAACGAAAAGAGGGAAAAAGAGAGAGAAAAUAAAUGGAUGCCAAGUUGGGAAUUCAGCUAGAUGAAAUUUGUUCAUAGAUGAUCGGUCCUAACAAAAGCAAAAAGACAAUGAUCUUACCGAUAACAUGAUUACAAUUUUGAUACUGUUUUCCUGAUACUAUAGCUCACCAAGGAAAGACUUUUCAGACUUUGUACAUAUGUACCUCUGUUCCCCUCCUCCCCCUCAUCAUUCCCCCCAUUAAAAAGAAAAAAAAUACCAUACAUGGUGGUUCACUACGGCAUCCAAGUGGGUUUGUAUUCUGUGUGCCAAGUAAUCCUUGGGAAGCUCUCAUAAUAUCACUCUCAUUACUGGUUACUGGCAAAGCAGAACUAGAAGAUUGUUAAGGGAAACUUGUUUCUGGGUCAUGAUCCUUCUGUUUAUUUAAUAAUGGACAGAUACCGGGAUAAGUAUUGUAAAUAGAUCACUGAAGAAUAUAAAGGAAAUUGAAAUAUUUUCCCCUCAUCACAUAUCUGUAGUAGGAACUGCCAAGACUGGGAUUAAUCCAUUUUUUUCUGUUCCUUGUUUUACAAAGGUCAUACGUUGUGUUUGGUUACUGUUAACAAUUCAAUAAAUGUGUUUAACAAAUUAA